CAACAGCUGGCCAGAUUUCCCCCUCGGUCGGCGACAGCUGGUCAGCUAUGUCUACGUACCUCACUUUCUUCCCCGCGCUCUCCCAUCAUCUCCUCUAUGAAGGCCUUCGACAUGGGAUGCUCGUGAAAGAACCUCUCCUUUGUGCCAAGACGCUGGCCAAUGCACAACCAGUCCGAGGACUCAGCGUCCGGAUCUUGUCUGAUAAGGCAGAGCAAUGUCGAGAAUCACUGCAUACCUCUUGACAGUGUUCUUCAUCUUCGCCACUAUCUCAUCAGCAAAGAAGAACCUCAUAGUUGACACAGACCUAUUCAGCGAUUGCGACGAUGCCGCGGCUCUUCUUCUCGCCGCCACAUCUCCAGAAGUCAACCUCCUGGGAGUUAACAUCAACUCCCAAUCCUCAUAUUCAGUUCUAGCAGCUUCAGCCCUCCUCAACCAUUUUGGCCACGCCCAAGUCCCAGUCGGUGCUCGCCGCCCGCUAAACGAUGUCCCAUUCUUUGACAACUGGGCCAAGCGGGCCGGCGAGUUCGCGAGCAAGCUAGCGACAUACUGGUCCAAAAGCAUCUCCGACGCCGAAGCAGCCUGGGACCCCGUCGACCUUUACCGCAAGCUCCUCUCCGAGGCAGAAGAUGACUCCGUCACCAUAGCCUCUAUCGGCUUCCUGCACAAUCUCUCCGGCCUCCUCAACUCCACCGCAGAUGCCCGGUCCGCACUGUCCGGCCCCGAGCUGGUGAAGACCAAGCUGAAAGAGCUCGUCGUCAUGGGCGGGGACUACCCAAACGGAUUUGAAUUCAACUUUUGGGGCGACGAUUCCUAUCAGACAGCACACGUGAUUCACAAUUGGACAAGUCCGAUUGUUUACGCCGGUUUCAAGCUCGGGGGCUCGGUUCGCUCAGGCGGUCCUCUCAUGGCGGACGGGCCCAAGACUGACCCUGUGCGGGCGGCGUACAUACUCUACACGUAUUACCAGCCGCGGUGGUCGUUCGAUCCGGUCGCGAUGCUUUACGCUAUAGGGGGUCUCGGUGAGUACUUCAAGUUCGGUAACGAGUAUGGAUACAAUACCAUCACAUUAUACGGAGAUGGCAAGUGCAACGGUUGUAAUGUCUGGGUGUAUGACAAGAACGUCACGAAUCAGCACUGGCUUGAUCUUACAGUCAGCCACGGAAAGCUAGGUGAGGAGCUGGAUAGGCGAUAUUUGCAGGGAGCAAGGUCCUCCAAGAGGGCUUCUGACCCCAUUGGAAUUCUCCCCAAGUUUGGUGAUUGCAGAGUCGAGCAAGCUCUGGGCCCACCAGAAAGACUAGAGUUAUGAGGCGCUAGGUCGCUGAACGGCAGGUCGCCUCGGUUUUCCAGCAUAACUAUCUAUGUAUAUCGGACUUGACCGGAUUCCAAAGUUACGAAACGUACCUAGAGAACUGUGAUUGAAUUAAGAAGAGAUUUAAAUAGAAGAGAGAGAAGAAGUUCUAAAGCUAUCGAAGCGAAAUAGAGAAACUAAGAGUC